UCACUCUUAUAUAGUUGGUAAUGGUGAUUUGCAUGUAUAUGUUGGAGUUUAGAAUCACCAAAAGAAAUGCUUCGUUGAUUGUUUCUCAUGGUGAAAAGGAAUGUUUUGGAGACACACACAAAAACACACAAAUAAAGAAUAAGGUGAAAAGGAAGAGACAUACAUGGGUGAGGUAGCAAUUAGAAAAUGAAGCUACCUUAGUAGACUAGUACAACACAUGAACACUGAGUAUUGAGUGGUAUAUAUCUCAAAAUCAAAGCUGAAAUGAACAAGAAACGAAACAGAACAUCCUCAUAACACAACACAACACAAGACACUCCUGAGUGAUUUGAGUGUGUGAGAAGAAACCGACAAGUUUUUGAGAUAAGUCCAAGCAUCCCAUGUGGUUUCCUCCCACUUUCCAUGAACUUUGUUUCUGUGCCCCUUCCAUUCUUCUCUUAAACCCACUUUUCUAAGGACAACAAUCCAAUCCAAUCCAAUCCAAGUUAGCUAACCUCUCAGCCAUGUGGGAAUCCCAGGGAGACUCAGCAGCAGGACUCAUCUCUUCAACCAAACUUGGAGUCCAAACUCAAGAGUUUCACCAAAGAGGAAGCUCUUGGUAUGUUUCAGCUGAUAUUCCAAGUGACCUCUUAAUUCAAAUUGCUGAAACUAAUUUCCACUUGCACAAGUAUCCUCUGCUAUCUAGAAGUGCAAAGCUGAACAGAAUCUUAUACGAUUCGCGAGACCCUGACUUGAGCAAGAUUGUUAUGGAUGAUCUCCCUGGUGGACCUGAGGCUUUUGAGCUUGCAUCCAAAUUCUGCUAUGGAAUCCCUGUUGAUUUAACAGCAGGCAACAUCUCGGGCCUAAGAUGCACUGCGGAGUAUCUCGAAAUGACAGAGGAUUUAGAAGAAGGCAAUCUCAUAUUCAAAACAGAAGCAUUUCUAAGCUAUGUGGUCUUGUCUUCAUGGAGAGACUCCAUACUUGUGUUGAAAAGCUGUGAGAAGCUCUCACCGUGGGCAGAGAACCUUCAAAUCGUCCGAAGAUGCAGCGAAUCGAUUGCGUGGAAGGCCUGCGCCAAUCCGAAAGGAAUAAGGUGGUCAUACACAGGAAGAGCAGCCAAAGGUUCAAGCCCAAAAUGGAUUGAAAUGAAGGAUUCUAGCCCCAGUAGGAACCAGAAUCAAGUUGUUCCACCUGAUUGGUGGUUUGAAGAUGUUUCAAUCCUUAGAAUUGAUCACUUUGUCAGAGUGAUGACCGCAAUCAAGGUAAAAGGAAUGAGGUUUGAAUUGAUUGGUGCUGGAAUAAUGCACUAUGCAUCAAAAUGGCUGCCAGGGUUGAUGAUGAAUGAAGCAGCAAUGCCAGCAGAUGAAUCAAGCAAUUUCAGCAACAGUAAUAGUAGCAGUAGUAGUGGUGGAGGACUUCACAUGAUUGUGGCUGCAUCCAAAGAAGAGAACACUUCAACUACCAGUCUUCAAGCUAAAGAUCAAAGGAUGAUAGUUGAGAGCCUAAUCAGCAUAAUUCCACAACAGAAGGACAGUGUUACAUGCAGCUUCUUGCUGAGGCUUCUUAGGAUGGCAAACAUGUUGAAAGUGGCACCUGCAUUGGUGAAUGAGUUGGAGAAGAGGGUGGGAAUGCAGUUUGAGCAAGCAACACUUGGUGAUCUUUUGAUACCUUGUUAUGAAAAAAGUGAGACUGUGUAUGAUGUGGAUCUUGUUCAGAGGGUGUUGGAGCAUUUUCUUGUUCAGGAGCAGAGUGAGAGUGUUAGUCCAAAUAGGGAAUCAUUUUCGGAGAAGCAGAUGAAUGCAAAGGCAAGAGUUGCAAGGCUUGUUGACAGUUAUCUCACUGAAGUUUCCAGAGACAGGAACCUUUCCCUCACAAAGUUUCAGGUUCUUGCAGAAGCUUUGCCUGACUCAGCUAGGACAUCUGAUGAUGGCCUUUACAGGGCAGUUGAUUCUUAUCUUAAGGCACAUCCGACGCUUAGCGAGCACGAAAGGAAGCGACUGUGCCGAGUAAUGGAUUGCCAGAAACUGUCCAUUGAUGCUUGCAUGCAUGCUGCUCAAAAUGAGAGGCUACCACUAAGAGUAGUAGUCCAAGUUCUGUUCUCUGAGCAAGUCAAGAUAAGCAAUGCACUGGCCAACACUACUUUGAAAGAAGGUGUUGGUGUUGAAUCUCAUCAGUAUCAGCCUCCUGUGCUCACCAACCGGAAAACACUUCUGGAAGGGACGCCGCAAUCCUUCCAAGAAGGGUGGACAGCAGCCAAGAAAGACAUUAACACACUCAAGUUUGAGCUUGAGACUGUCAAGACCAAGUAUUUGGAGCUUCAGAAUGACAUGGAUAAUCUUCAGAAACAAUUUGAUAAGCUCAUGCUCAAGCAGAAGAUUCUUCGGAGUCGUUCUUCGACGUACAUUGUGACAGGAAGACAACACCUUAAUACGACUAAUCCGAGAGUUGAUAGUAGGAAACUAGAAAUCGAACUUCUGACCAUCAACUUCACAAGAGAAGAAACCUACGUCGGUGUUAGUACACUUCAGGAGGUGGUGAUGAUGACGAUGAAAGUGGCACCUGCAUUGGUGAAUGAGUUGGAGAAGAGGGUGGGAAUGCAGUUUGAGCAAGCAACACUUGGUGAUCUUUUGAUACCUUGUUAUGAAAAAAGUGAGACUGUGUAUGAUGUGGAUCUUGUUCAGAGGGUGUUGGAGCAUUUUCUUGUUCAGGAGCAGAGUGAGAGUGUUAGUCCAAAUAGGGAAUCAUUUUCGGAGAAGCAGAUGAAUGCAAAGGCAAGAGUUGCAAGGCUUGUUGACAGUUAUCUCACUGAAGUUUCCAGAGACAGGAACCUUUCCCUCACAAAGUUUCAGGUUCUUGCAGAAGCUUUGCCUGACUCAGCUAGGACAUCUGAUGAUGGCCUUUACAGGGCAGUUGAUUCUUAUCUUAAGGCACAUCCGACGCUUAGCGAGCACGAAAGGAAGCGACUGUGCCGAGUAAUGGAUUGCCAGAAACUGUCCAUUGAUGCUUGCAUGCAUGCUGCUCAAAAUGAGAGGCUACCACUAAGAGUAGUAGUCCAAGUUCUGUUCUCUGAGCAAGUCAAGAUAAGCAAUGCACUGGCCAACACUGCUUUGAAAGAAGGUGUUGGUGUUGAAUCUCAUCAGUAUCAGCCUCCUGUGCUCACCAACCGGAAAACACUUCUGGAAGGGACGCCGCAAUCCUUCCAAGAAGGGUGGACAGCAGCCAAGAAAGACAUUAACACACUCAAGUUUGAGCUUGAGACUGUCAAGACCAAGUAUUUGGAGCUUCAGAAUGACAUGGAGAAUCUUCAGAAACAAUUUGAUAAGCUCAUGCUCAAGCAGAAGCACACUUCACCAUGGACUAGUGGCUGGAAGAAACUCAGCAAACUCACCAAGAUCACAGAUAAUCAUCAUCAUCACAUUGCACCUCAGAUUCCAACUCCUGAAGAACCACACACCAGGAAGACAACUAGAAGGUGGAGAAACUCAAUUUCAUGACAAUCUCAUAUUCAUUACAAUCAUAUGUUUGGUGAUUAUGGAUGAAUUAUGUCAAGCUCAACCAUCAUAAUUUUCAACUUCUAUUAGACCAAUAAAAUUAGGACCUAAAUGAGAGGAGCACUAAUUUCCACGUGUGCAUAACUUUUUGAACUGUUAGAUACUGACACAACAGUCCAAAGAUUUUCUGGUCCGUUAUGCAAUCAGCAAAUUUUCAUCUCCACGGGACUAUUCAACAUAUCAAUUUAUUUUAGAAUAAUGUGUUUUAUUCUGUAUACCUUUAAUUAAAGCAAUCAGACACUACUUUAUGGUUUGCUGAAGCAAUCAAGCCGCCCUUGUACUA